AUGACGCGGAGGCUCUCCGACUCGCAUCCCGCGCGGCGUAAAUCGACUACAGCUCUGGGCCUCAACAUCCCGCCGUUCUUUGCCACGAACCGCGUCGGCUCCUUGGAAUUCUUGGCGCCAGGUCGCAGCGGGAACGAAAUCGCUGUGCCGUCGACGACAUCGACUGCAAGCUUGCCCCCCGUGGCAUCGAUGCCUCAGCUUCGACCGACCGCCUCGUUUACGGAGCAACUCGAAGCUGCCCACCGCGACUGGGACACAUCCCGCCAACGCCGCCGCCAGCGACGAAAGUCCAAGAUGACAGACGACAGCAUGCUUCGACCCCCCGAGUGCAGCGUGAGUCUCGAGCCCGACGAAUUGGGCAGCCUCGUCUCGGACACGGGCAACGUCAUGCUUUUCCAUGCAAGCUCUCGGCGUUGUACCAUUUGCGACACUGCGCCGACGUCCUCGGAGCUCAUUACGAGUCCGUGUAAAUGCUCGCUGGCGUGGCUGCACCCGCAGUGUCUGGAAGACUUCAAGCUCGCGAGCGGUCGCAAUACGUGUCCGCGCUGCAACGCGACGUGGUUCCAAGGAUUCGCACCCGUCAAGCUCCGGCGCAGCUACAGCCUCAAGUUCUUUACGCCAUCCUCUUCGUAG